GUGAAAUGAGUCAUAGGAUGAAUCAUAUUUAGAUCUAAGAGGUCUCGUGGUUCUGAAGGUCGGAAUCUUAGUGUUGAGAAUCAGGGUGUACAGGGAUUAGACGCAGUGCUAGUUAGCACUAGGAAAUCUCUAGAGAAAAUUGCAGCAAGAAGAUCAGUUAGGAGAAGUGGGCAAAAUGUAAACAUGGAAGAGUACACUCCUAGUGCCCCACCCGCCGAGGGAGAUAUUUGUUGGCAAGCAGCUCAUAAUAGUCCACAGCGCGGAAAACGUAUCUCGGAUGUUUUUCCUGGGACCCCUAGUGUACAACGUUCCCACUCCAACGUUGGAAUUAACGCAAGGCGUCACGUUUUUGAGCAGAAGAAAGUGUAUAAAUUUGAGACCUGCUCGCCAUGUGGAAACAAGUUCAAAUGGGGAAGAGCCGCGUACAAAUGUCGUGACUGUCGUGCUAUUGCACACCCCGAGUGUAAGGAUAAGGUGCCGUUGCCGUGUAUUGGACCUGGAAGUGUAAGACUAACACCUGGGAAGACUGCCCUCCAUGUUCUCGCAGAUUUUACCCCUCCACAGUCCCCAAUGGUACCAGGACUAAUUGUACACUGCGUAAACGAGAUUGAGAAGCGAGCCCUAACUGAGGUUGGAAUCUACCGUGUUCCCGGAAGUGAACGGGAGGUGAAAGAGCUCAAAGAGAGAUUCCUCAGGGGAAAAGGAUGUCCGAUCCUAGCUAGGAUUGAUGUUCAUGUGCUUUGUGGAUGUGUCAAAGAUUUUCUUCGAUCUCUUAGAGAACCUCUUAUACCUCAUUCAAUGUGGUCUGAGUUUAUUCAGGCUACAGGAAACCCAGAUCAAACUGAUGGGGAUUCUGCAAUGUACCAGGUAAUGUCUUUAAAUAAAGGGCCGAUUAGCGUAAUUUUUUAUGACCUCUCCCAUUGCUUUUGCAUUCUUUAG